AUGCCCCAAGGUCACUCUCAUCUAAUAUCCUUUCUGACGGUUCUGACACUCUCAUUCUUUUUAUCACUCGCUCACUCAGGACCAACCCAGACCGAGAGCGUCUUGCAAGGAGAAAAGAGAGACAACAACCCUCUCGGUAUUGAUUGGAGUCCUGCACCAGCUCCUGAAGACGGUCCGCCAUUUUCGGCUGGAGCUUUAAGAGACCCCAAGUAUCUCCCUGCGGAAAUUGGAGGCAUAGUUGCAGCAUACGGUCUGUCCUUGGUGCUGGUCGCCAUAACCUUGUUGUCCCUCGCAAAAAAACGACGUGAGCAUCUCCAGGCCGGAAACGACGAGCUCGAUUACGAGCAACCCAAGUCCCUCUACGGUCCUGAAUCACCGUCCCGGGCAACUCAUUCUCAGUCUUUUCAUCCACAAGUACCUCUCAGGCGCUCAGGAGUUCCAAAUUUUUCAUACCCGUCGCCUCUGAACACCCAGUUUGACGAUACUACACUUCCACCUCAGGCACCGUACUUUUACCCGUCGCCAACUUCAUCGGUUGGCCACCCUGGAGUAGACCCAUCUGUUGAUCAGUCGGUCGUUGCCGCAGACAGAGAAAUGGCGCAAAAUCAGCUUGAAGAGAUGUAUAAGCAUGUUAUGGAACAUGAAGAUGCCAAACAGCGCGGAGUUGUGUUGGAUACACCUGUCUACCCGAACCAGCAGCGCUCUUCAACUUCCGACAAAUCCGUGACGUCGCCAUCAAAGAAAGACAAAGCUAAACCAGCAAAUUUGAAUCUCGCGUCGGAUGUUGGAGGCAAAACACAGUCCAGAACUUCAUCGUUCUUUUCGGCUCUCCGGUCGCCAAGGAAGAAGGCAGUCAAAGGUAUCAAUAUCUCGUCGCCAAUCAUGACGCCCCAGUCUGCCACCUUCCCAAGAAACGAUUCUCAGGAGAUGAGCCCAAUUCCUCACAGAAACUAUGCUCCUCCACCGCCACCCCCGAUUCCAACGGAUCAGAUUCCAUUUGGAGCCCAAGUCAGGAACAGCGGUGCUCCUCCUACGCCAAAUAUGUCUCCUGAGAGCAUCCAGAGCAUCGAUGAGCGUAUCAGCGCUCAGCUUGGCCCAUCAAACGCCUCUAACGCUGGGAGAUCCGAAGCAGACCCCGAGUCGGCGACGUCCCAAACACCUCUAGUUGGGUUGCCUUCAUCCCCUAAGCCAGGUGCGACGUUUCCUUCUCUGCCAGCAUCUCCUAAGCCUGGGGCUACGUUCCAAAGAUCGAAUGCACCUUCAGCAGUACGAACUGGUGGUAACUUGCCGUUGAGAGCUUACGAACCAUCACUGAGCUCACCGUCUGCGAUGGCAUUUACAACGAAGCAGACCGUUUUUGAAAGACGUGGUCCUCUGUCACCAACUACGGGAAGAACUCCAAUGACUGCUGGUGCCGUGCCUUAUUCGCCAUACCAGCCAUAUACCCCAGUAAUCCCCAUGACUCCGUCACUAGUGACCAGGGAGGAUCGGAAGAGAAUGAAGAGAAUGGUUCCUAAGACCCCGACUACGGAAUUGGUCAAAAGCUCCGACGAGAUGUGGUGA